AUGUUUUCUGGAUUUGGUGGAUUUGGCGGAUUUCAGCCUGGAUUUGUCAAUGUACCUCAGAAGUUUGAGGACUUCUUCCGGUGCUAUCCUAUUGUAAUGAUGAAUGAUCGAAUUAGAAAAGACGAUGCCAAUUUUGGUGGCAAAAUUUUUCUGCCUCCAAGUGCGUUGAACAAGUUGACCAUGCUAAACGUCAGGUACCCAAUGUUGUUCGAAUUGACGGUUCCGGAGUCUGGGAAAACCACCCACGGAGGUGUUUUGGAGUUUACUGCCGAAGAGGGCCGCGUUUAUUUGCCACAAUGGAUGAUGGAGUCUCUGAACGUGAACCCAGGGUCUCUGUUGCAGAUAGCCUCUACAGACGUCCCUCUAGGUCAAUUUGUCAAAAUUGAGCCUCAGUCUGUAGACUUUCUCGACAUUUCGGACCCCAAAGCAGUACUGGAAAACGUAUUGCGGAAGUUUUCCACGCUCAGUGUGGACGAUAUUAUCGAAAUCAACUAUAAUGACCACAUUUACCGCAUCAAGGUCCUAGAAGUAAAACCAGAAUCCAACGCCAAGAGUAUUUGUGUGAUAGAAACUGAUCUGGUCACUGAUUUUGCUCCACCGGUUGGAUAUGUUGAGCCCGACUACAAAGCACAGCGAAAAAACCAAAGUUCCAAAAUCGAUCCUUCGGCCAGGGGUUUGGGUCCUAUGUCCAGGCGAAUAGACUAUGCGGCCACAGUGAACUCAACUCAGGAAAAAGGCAAUGCUUUCAGUGGCCAGGGACAGAGGUUGAUGGGUAAGUCUGUCAACAAAAACAAAGACAAAGCCAGUGACACCGACUUGCAAGAUGUAAAAAUCGAUUUGAAUGGCGCACCUGCCCCGCUUAGUGUCUCCGACGGCGUGCUGUUUUUUGGUUUCCCCAUCAUACCACAAAAAAGAGCAGAAUACGAAGGAAUUGUUGCUAAAGACUCCAAAGUAAAAUUCACUGGUGUAGGUCAAAGCAUAAGGCAAAGUAACAGUAAGCGACGCGGUACUAAGGAUCAUGAAAGUCCAAAAGCUAAGGCUCCUAGAAGUCCGGAAGUAAUAGAAAUAGAUUAG